AUUUUAUUGAUUAAAUUAUUAAAUGUUUUUUGUUGCUUUUUUUAUUAUUCUUAAAUUUGAGAAUUUCAUUAUAGCUUUCUGUAGAUUUUUCUGUUUGCCCUUUUCUUUUCAUGAUCUUCAGGCUCCAAACAUCUCUCUCCCUCCCUCUCUUCCUCAGUGUAGCCGGUACAUGGAGGCUUUAGGACCCAGAGAGCUCAGAUCUUCCUGCUCUCUGCUGUUCGGAGUAAUGCCUCUGCUGCCUGCUGCCUCCCUACGUCCGUGUGUCGGAUAGAGAGAGUGGCUGCCCGCUGGAUUUCUGCCUUCCUCUCUUCUUCUCUUUUUCCUCCGGACAUGGAGAUAAAAGGUCCAGAGACUCCCAGCAUCCAACAGCAGAUGGAGGACUUCCAUAGAUUACAUGCAAGCCCAACUGAGUCUCUUCACCUGAGAGCACUGCAGCUUUGGGAGUAGUUUCCUCCAGAGUUUUUUUUUUUUUUUUUUUUUUUUGCCUCACCUGUGCAGACGGAGACACAGAAGUGAAACCUUUCUGUUAGUCCUCUUGUCUUUAAUUUUUCCUCCUAUUACAUCCUCCUCCAGGUUCUGAACUCCUAUCUCCUCCCUCUCCUCUCUUUCACUUGUUCAGCUGUCACUCUGUCUGUCACUCCCAGGAUAUCCCCUUCCCUCUUUCUAGGGUUUCAUAAUGCAUCGGGAUCUGAGCGAGGUCUGACUCUCAUUCAGAGGCAGGGGUGGAUUUCAUUCCGCCGCUUUCUCCCUCUUCUGAGAAUAUGGACGAGUAAUGAGUGACACUUCAGAGAGGGGUCAUGGAAAUAAUGAAAGGUCACUGCCCAGAGCCACACACAGCCUGUAAUGUAACUUUGAAUAACUAGGCACAGCCUCAUGUUUGUAUAUACAUGGUCUAGCAGUGUGUUUGGCAGAGACUGAUUUUCGAGUGCGAAGGUUUUUGUGUAUGUGCGUGUUUUCGGAUCUAUCGAACAUACAGUCAUGGGGAACGCAGCGGGAAGUGUGGAGGGACCCCAGGCGAAGGAGGCCAAGAUGGUGUCGGGCCCCCCGGGCUCCACGGGGCCCCAGAAACAAACCGCGGGGCUGAAACUCCCGAUGCCACCUGAAGAGGAGCUGGAGGAGCGCUUCAGUGCAGUGCUGAACACCAUGAAUCUUCCUCCAGACAAGGUGAAGAUCCUGAGUCAGUACGACAGCGAGAAAAAGUGGGACCUGAUCUGUGACCAGGAGCGAUUUCAAGUAAAGAAUCCACCCUCUGCGUAUUUGGAGAAGCUGAAGAGUUAUCUGGAUCAUGGAGGAGUCAGUCGGAAGUUUAAGAGACGUGUCCAGGAAUCCACUCAGGUCCUGAGAGAGCUGGAGAUUUCCCUGAGGACCAAUCAUAUUGGCUGGGCUCAGGAGUUCCUAAACGAGGAAAACCAAGGCUUAGAUGUUCUUGUGGAUUAUCUGUCUUUUGCCCAUAGCGCUGUCACCUAUGACACAGACACUCUGGACAAUGGCUCCCUGCCCACAGACAAGGGCAAGACUAUGGACAAGUCAGUGGAAGAUCUGAGCAGAAGUGCCAGCAACUCCCCUUCUCACAGUGCCUUGAAGGCCAGCAAGGGCUUCACAGUCAGGAAAGUCGUGAGGAACUCGCGUGUUGUGAGCCAGAAAGAUGACGUUCAUCUCUGCAUCAUGUGUUUACGUGCCAUCAUGAACUAUCAGUCUGGGUUCAACCUGGUGAUGAAGCACCCCUGCUGUGUCAAUGAGCUCACACUCAGCCUCAACAAUAGAAAUCCAAGGACUAAGGCGCUGGUGCUGGAGCUACUGGCCGCCGUAUGUUUGGUAAGAGGCGGCCAUGACAUUAUCCUCUCCGCCUUCGACAACUUCAAAGAGGUGUGUGGAGAGAAAAGCAGAUUUGAGAAGCUGAUGGAGUUUUUCCGCAGUGAAGACAGUAACAUCGACUUCAUGGUGGCCUGUAUGCAGUUCAUCAACAUUGUGGUCCACUCAGUGGAAAACAUGAACUUCAGAGUCCACCUUCAGUAUGAGUUCACUCGACAUGGACUGGAUGACUACCUGGAGAAGUUGAAGUUCACAGAGAGCGACAGACUGCUGGUGCAGAUUCAGGCCUACCUGGACAACGUGUUUGAUGUGGGAGCUCUGCUGGAGGAUGCAGAGACUAAGAACGCUCUGCUGGAACAUAUGGAGGAACUACAGGAGCACAACACACAGUUGAGCAGCAGGCUUCAGGAGAGUGAGAGGGAGGCGAUGGAGAAAGCCUCAGAGCUGGAGAAAAAGCUCAUUCAGACCACUAAAGAGGUGGAGCUCCUGAAGGAGAGUCUGCGCGAGUCGUGCUCUCAGGUGACUCUGCUGCAGCAGCGAGAACGAGAGAGAGAGCUUGAGCGUGAGCGCGAGAGAGAAAGAGAGAGAGACAAGGACAGAUCCACCCAGGCCUUGAAGGAGCUGGAAGUCAAAGUUCAAGCCCUGGUGGAGCAGGGGCUCGUUCGAAUGGAGCGCUCCCCGUCCGGACAGCUGGAUGUUCAGGUCGUCCCAGUCGUCCAGCACAAGAUUCAGAAAGCUGAAGGAGAAGCAGGUACAGGUAACGACCACGAGGCCACUCUCACCUCCUCAGACUCUCCAACUUGCCCUUCUGAAGGUUCUGUGACAGUACAAGCUCCUCCACCUCCACCUCCUCCCCCACCACCACCACCACCGCCACCACCACCAUCUGAGGACACAGCUAAAGCUCCAGCUCCUCCUCCUCCUCCUCCUCCUCCUCCUCCUCCACCUGCAGCUCCACCUCCCCUGCUGCCCGGAGGUGGGACGAUCCAGCUGUCUGGGGCUGAUGGGAGCUCAGGUUGUAAAAAAAAGAAGACUAUUCAGACCAAAUACCGCAUGCCGCUGUUCAACUGGCAGGCCCUCAAGUCCAACCAGGUGGCAGGAACCGUCUUCAAUGAGCUGGACGAUGAGCAUGUCUUGGAGGAACUAAACAUGGCUGCCUUCGAGGAGCAGUUCAAGACCAAGGCCCAGUCCACCCCUGUAGUCCCAGGGACCCUCAAGAUGAAACUGGCCCACAAGACCCCCAGUAAAGUGUCUCUAAUGGAGCCCAACAGGGCCAAAAACCUGGCUAUCACUCUUCGCAAGGAGGGAAUGGCUGCAUCCGACAUCUGCUGUGCCAUCGAGACGUAUAACCAGAAAGCUCUGAGCCUGGACUUCCUCGAGCUCCUGGAGCGUUUCAUCCCCACAGAGUACGAAAUGAAGCUCAUCCACAACUACGAGUGUGAGGGCAGGCCCCUGGACGAGCUCAGCGAGGAGGACCGCUUCAUGGUGCGCUUCAGCAAGAUUCCGCGGCUUUCCCAGCGUAUCAGCACUCUCACCUUCAUGGGCAAUUUCCCUGAGAGCGUCCAGCUGAUACAGCCUCAACUCAACGCCAUCAUCGCCGCCUCCAUGUCCAUCAAAUCUUCCAGCAAACUAAAGAAAAUCCUUGAGAUCAUCUUAGCUUUUGGAAACUACAUGAACAGCAGCAAGCGAGGGUCAGCGUACGGCUUCCGCCUGCAGAGUUUAGAUUUGCUGUUAGACACUAAAUCUACAGACCGCAAACAGACGUUGAUGCACUUCAUCGUCAGUAUCAUCCAGGAGAAAUACCCAGAGGUCCAGUCCUUUUACGAAGAACUGCACUUCCUGGACAAGGCAUCGAUGGUUUCUCUUGACAGUAUUGUGCAGGAUGUGCGAGCUCUGGAGAGAGGCAUGGAGGUGACCGGGAGGGAGUUCUCUGUGGAAAAAGAUAAUCCUGUGCUGCAGACGUUUCUCAGCAAAAACACUGAGCUGCUCAACUCUCUUAUAGCUGAUGGAAAAACUGCACAGGAUGUGUAUGACUCAGCUGUGGAGUACUUUGGAGAGAACUCUAAAUCUACUCCUCCCUCCAUGUUCUUCCCUGUUUUUGUCAGAUUCAUCAAAGCGUACAAGCAAGCAGAGCAGGAAAAUGAGCAGAAGAGGAAACAACAUGACCUGAACUGCGAAGCUCCAUCGACUCCACCUAAACCUGAAGUCAAGGUUUCCAUGAUGCCCAAACUGCCUCAGAUGGAUCUGAUCGCAGAGCUGAAGAGGAGGCAAGUGUCUCCUCUGGUGAGGGAGGGGAAGGACGGCGCCAUCGAGGACAUCAUCACAGCUCUAAAGUCCGUGCCCUUCACGGCUCGCUCUGCCAAACGCUCCUCUCGUCUGUUCUGCGACUCCGUCUUCAGCGACGAGAUUUAAGGAAUCAGCCGUACAGGCGGGCAGACGGCAGCCGACGCAGCGCCAAGUGGAAGCCAGGACAACAGCUGCACGUGUCCUCAGAUAUCUCCCUCUGAAAAAAAAACCUUUUUAAAAACACUACAGACCAGACUGUACAAGCACAAGAGAUCACACACUCAACUCACUGUGGCAACGAUCUUAUUCUCUCAUGCAUGUUAACGAAUGCAGAGGUGAAGACGCAUGUUUCACAGAGAAAACACCUGCAGCUCAGAGUUAAAAACAUAAGCUGAAAUAUUUGGAUUAAACUGUUCCAUCCAAACUCAACAUGAACAUAAUGUCACACACAAACUAUUUCUGUUGGGUUAAGGCCCCUCUCUUAAUAAAGCUGAUGAUUAUAGAAACGUCCUGUGAUUUGAAUAAGAGUGAAUAUUAGCUGUACUUGAUGCUAAUGACACUGGAUGUCAUGUGAGCUGAUUAAGACAAUUACAUGGAAGAAUGAGCCGUUCAGCUGAUACGUUAAGGAGAGCGCUUCAUUAAUGCUGCUCAGAUACCACGGCCUCAGCUAAAACCGAAAUCUUCAAAGGCAUUAAAAAGACACUUUGACAGACAGACCGCUCAUAAAUCAUUGUGAGUUUUUUUAAAAAAUUCUCACGACAUGAUUUUUUAAUUGGUUUUAAUUUAAACAGAAUAUUAACUGUUCGUCUUUCCGCAGUAGACCUCUAAAAAUUAAGCUGAAGAUUUGUAAUAUAUUUAAAUUAUUUUUAAUACUGAAAUGUAAGAAUGAUGACCUUCUAUUUGCUUCUGCAUUUCAACAAAUAAAACAUUUUAUACCUCUUGA